UGUGAAAACUUUCCGGACAUCUCAUGGGAAACAGUUUUUUAAGAACCUUGUGCAAGUUAUUUGGCAGUAGUGAGUUAGUGCAAUGUUUUGAUCUAGUAUUGGACGUGUUUUACAACUUUGUUUAAAGUACAAGGUUACUAAAAUGAAUGUGCCAUCACAAGAAAAUGUUGGCCUUUUGUCAUCAGACGAGGGCGGCGGCAGCUCUGAGCCGGAGGAGAGCAGCGAGGACGAGGUCACGGAGCACGCGCCACCACCGCCCGCCAUGGCCGCCGCGAGGGCUCAGGUACACAUGCAAGUGCCGACAAUAAGCGUGACGCCGCAUAGUCCAGGCGUUUUAGACGACAGUCUGCAGCAGCUGCGUCGACUGCAUGCGGCCGUGCAGCGCAUGAGAGCGGCGCCGCUACCGUUCCUGGCAACCAGCACAAGUAGACUAAGCACUUCGUGUCCGUCGCUGUGCAAAGAUGGUGUAGUGGAACAGGACUGCGCGUCGCCGACGCAUUUGGAUUUCUACCCGCAAAGUAGGAAGGGUAGUGGUGAAUCCCGACAAUGGGGUAUAUGGGACAGACGCGACGAGGGGCGACGCAGCUCGUGGGCGGCGCUCGAGCCCGGACCCAGGCUGCACGAUACGCAGAAACUACGCAGCGCACUCAAUGGUCACAGCGCGUCGCUGUCGUCUAUGGAGUCGGAGGGCGAGGUACCCCGGCCCGUCAGACACUCCACGCACUCACUCAACGACAGUGAUCUCGCCAAGGAGUUCGAGAAAGUAGGCGCGGCGCUGCGUGCUGCCGCAACAGCAGGGGCAGGCGGGGCGCGGCUGGCGGCGAGACUGCCGCUACAGAAGUCCGUGUCUACGCCGAGCAUCGUAGCCGCAGUUACACCGCAACCGCCGCCACCGCCUAACGCUUUGUCUGGCGGCGCGAGCGAGACGAGCGACGAGGAGUCGACGACGGUGGCGCCGCCGCCGCGCCGCAACAACGCACAGGACCUCGGCCUGCACAGAUUAGCGUUUUUGGAGCAGGCUGCGUAUGAUCAUCAUGCAGAAAAACGACGGAAGAGGGGCAGCUUAUUCUUCAGAAAGAAGAAGGACAAAGCGCGUAAGGCGGCGCACGCGUGGGCGGCGGCUGGUGGCGGCGGGCUGUGUGAUUGGUGCGCGCGGGAUCUCGCAGACAAGCCCGCACUAUAUUGCGAGAAUUGCACGAUGACAGUGCACCAAAACAUUUGUAAGGACUACAUCGUCGAAUGCAAUAAACCAAAGUCUUCAAAGACAUCUGUAGGAAAAUCUUUAAGCUCGGGUAGCGGAAAAGGCAGCAAAAGGAGUUCCGUUUCCGGGCAGUCGCAGAAUUCAACCAGCACCGGUCACGUAUACGACGACAGGGACGGUUCUGAUCAUAAACACGAUCAAAGCAAUGCAUCGGACGACGCAGCGACGAGUGAAUGGCCAGAGGCGUAUAUAACCCCAGACCAAUUGGGCGACGAGGCCAUCAGCUUGGGGCUCGGCGCGUCCGAACCGGACACCUGGGCAGCUGGCGCACCUAAAGGACUAGCCAAAUCCCUCGGCGAAAGAGAGACGAAACGUCAAGAACACAUAUACGAGCUUAUACUGACGGAGAAACACCAUUGUUUAACGAUACGACUUAUGCAAAAGAUGUUCGCUGCGGGCAUGGCUCGCGCGGGCGUGGCGGGCGCGCAGGUUGCCCGCAUGUUCCCGCGCCUGGACGAGUUAUGGUCGUUGCACGCGGCGCUACUGUCCCGCCUCCGCGCUCGCCAGCGAGCGGCGCCGCGCGUUCCCAGCGUCGCCGACAUACUCGCUGAAGCCUUCGCCCCGCCUGACCAUCAGCGGCUGAAAGCGGCUUACGGCGAGUUCUGUUCCCGCCACCGAGACGCGGUGGAGGUGUUCAAGGAGUGCUGCACGCGGGAGCCUCGCCUCGCGCGGUUCAUACGCAAGUGUCAACAGAACCCGCUACUGAGGAAAAAGGGCGUGCCGGAGUGCGUGCUAUUCGUAGCGCAGAGGCUGACGAAGUACCCGCUACUACUGGAGCCGUUACUCAAGACCGCCGGCGACGACGUCUCAGAGCGACAGUUGUUGCAGAAGGCGCUGUGCGGUGUUAAGGAAAUCCUAGUCGAUGUGGACAAUCAAGUGGCAGCUAAGGAGAGGGAGGACCGAAAAUUGGAAAUUUACCAUCGGAUAGACGCCAAAUCUUUUGCCAACUUUCGCGGCAAGAAGUUCAAGAAAAGUGACAUACUACAAGGAAAUAGGAGUUUGAAGUUUGAGGGCGUGGCUACACUGAUGCAAGGCCGGAGCAAGAUGCAGACUUUACUAGUGAUAGUGCUGUCUGAUGUUCUAUUCUUCCUACACGACAACAAUAACAAAUACACUUUCUUUACGCCGGAUAAUAAGACGGGCGUGGUCUCGCUCAGCAAGUUGCUCGUGCGCGAGAAGGCGGGCGCGGAGGGGCGUGGCCUGUAUCUGAUAUGCAGCGGACCGGCCGAACCCGAGAUGUUCGAGCUGCGGGUACACCGACCCAAGGACAUCGCUGUUUGGAUACACUCCGUCAGGGCCGCAGUACAAAACUGCCCGGAUGAAACCGAAGACUCGGAGGCCGGCGCGCCCGCAACCUCCGCCGAAGAGAGACAGAGGCAGCUCGAAGCGAGGCACGAGAAUAUAAGACUGAUUACAGAGGCGCUGCGAGCCAAGGACAGAGAGCAUGCGGUGUUACUCGAGGAGAAGAUGGCGCUGCACAUGAAGAUGGUCGGCUACACCGGCGCCGCCACGCUCGAAGUGCCGCAUACGGGUGACCCCGGCGGUUUCCCCGGCGGGCUCGUGUUUCCGGACUACGUGCGGCUCGCGGCCCCCUCCGCCGACACGCACGCGCUGUGGCAGGAGGUCUGCAGGGUUGUCAAGGAGGCGCUAGAAGCAGCAGGCGGUGGCGGCGCGGGCGGCACGUUGCUCGGCCGCAGCACGAGCUCGGCGGGCGAGCGGCACUCGUGCGCGUACGAGAGCCCCGCUCUGCCGCGCCGAGCGGACACCUUCGCUGGAUUCGACGCAUCUAGACAUAAAGGUGUGACGGUACGCAACGGCAGCGAAGCGGGCGACGUCACGGACGGCGAUGGGGUGGCGACACUGCGGUUGCAGCACGCCAUAUACACGCUUACUUGCAUCGUGUGGCAGCAGCUUACCACUAUACACAGCCUGGAAGCGCAAGUGUGCGCGUGGCGUGCGAGCGGCGGUGCGGGCGCGGGAGCGGGGUGGGCGCGCGCGCACGAGGCGCAGUUGGAGGAGUUGCGGCAUGCGCAGGCGCGACUCACCGCCGACCGCGCCGCAUGGGAGGCCCGACGAGCCGCCGACACUGAUGCUUUAGACUUAGAACGGCGUCAGCUGAAGGCCGCUCGUCAGGAGCUGGAGGAGCAGCAGAAGGACGUGGAGCAGCAGCGGGAGAGACUGUACAGGCGGCUCGAGCGCCUGCAGCAACAUGGCGGGUCGCAGGAGGAGAUCGCGAGCGUCGGCACCCUGUCCCCGGACUCCAGCGUCAGCGAUACCAACAGACGGAAGGAGCCCAAGUGGCGCAACUCUCGCGGCUCAACCGGGUCGGAGUCGUCGACGUCGACGGGCGUCCGCGCCGCGCUGCCGCCGCCGCAGCUGCUGUCCGCGCACAACGAGAGUCGCGCCACCGCCCGCGCGCCCACCAUACAGCAAAUGGUGAAGCAACAGUUACCACUUAAACUGGCCAGCGGCAAAGGCCAGCAGCCGCCGCCCGGCUACCACCGCUUGCACGAAUCACCCAGCGAGGGUCUGCAGGCGAGCGCGGGGGGCGUGGCGGGUGCGGGGGGCGGGUCAUCGCACACCCGCACGGGCAGCUCGCCCGCGCCGCUGCCCUCGCACAUGCCCGCGCCGCCACCCAAUAGGGCUACAAGGACGAACACGUACCCGAAGCUGCCGGACAAGUUCCGCGUGCGGUCGCCGGACCCCCCCGCGCCGCACGUCACCCCCAACACCCCCAACACACCCAACACCCCCCAGCAGGAGGAGGAAGUGAUAUACUUCUGACACCGGCGCUCGCGCUCCACGCACGGCGGCUCCUGAGGCUGCCGACUCUCGUAAGACGUAACGCUCAUUUGAACGUUGUUGCAAAAUAAACCAUACUAUGGUACACAUAAUGUACACGUAAUGUUUAAAUUUGAUUGUCGUAAAUACCAAAUGAGCGAUUUGUAUCUAGUUUAGACUUAGGGAUAUAGCCCACCGGGAAGCCAACGCGACGUACCAUGUCGCGCCGCCGCGCGCCGUUUAUAAACUUAACUUUAAGAA